AUGUCAGCGCCUGCCUUGGCCACCGUGCUCUGUAAUAGAGCAAGAUUGGUCAGCUACCUGCCAGGGUUCUAUUCCUUAAUCAAAAGAGUUGUAAAUCCCAAGGCUUUUUCUACAGCAGGUUCCUCAGGCUCAGAUGAGUCUCACGUUGCUGCUACACCUCCUGAUUUAUGGCCAAGAACUGUGUGGCCGGAUGAAGUGAUGGGUCCAUUUGGCCCCCAGGAUCAGAGAUUCCAGUUGCCUGGUAAUAUUGGAUUUGACUGUCACCUAAAUGGUACAGCUUCUCAGAAGAAAAUCCAAACUCAUAAAAAUCUGCCUGAUGUAUUAGCAGAGCCUUCACCAAAUGAAAGGCAUGAAUUUGUAAUGGCACAAUAUAUCAACGAAUUCCAGGGUACUGAAGUUUCACAUAAACAGCAAAUAAAUAAUAUUGAAACUUACUUUGAAAAUGCAAAGGUAGAAUGUGCAGUACAAGCUUGUCCUGAACUGUUACGAAAAGACUUUGAGUCAGUGUUUCCAGAAAUGACCGCUAGUCGUUUAACAGUACUGACUGUUACGCAGAAAACUAAAAAUGAUAUGACUGUCUGGAGUCAGGAAGUGGAGGAUGAGAGAGAAAUGCUUGUAGAAAAUUUCAUUAACGGUGCCAAGGAAAUUUGCUAUGCUAUUUGUUCCGAAGGGUACUGGGCUGACUUCAUUGAUCCAUCCUCAGGACUGGCAUUUUUUGGACCGUAUACAAACAACACCCUGUUUGAAACAGAUGAGCGUUACCGGCACCUGGGAUUCUCCGUUGAUGACCUUGGCUGCUGCAAAGUAAUUCGUCACAACAUCUGGGGUACUCACGUGGUUGUAGGAAGUAUUUUUACUAAUGCUGAACCUGACAGCCCCAUCAUGAGAAAGCUGAGUGGAAACUAGGAACUGUCAGUUUUACAAUCCAUGUUUGACCCCUGCGUUCUUGUUGUUUCUCUGUAAGCAUUGUCAGGAGAUGCCAUGCUCGGUAGUACCUUACAUGGAUAAUAAAGCGUCUGUUAUAUAUUUUAGUCUUUGUGAAAUAAGUGUUCAUCACGUGAUCUAGAAUAUUGACAAUGUUUUAACAGAUACCAACACCUGUCACAUGAAUUCUAAGCUGUAAGUUUCCUUCCUCUUGAGUGAGUUUGAAAAUAUAUGUACAU